AUGGCUGCAACAGGGGGCGCCUUCUGCAUGAUCUUUGGCCAAGUGGGCCAGUCGGACGGCAACGUGGACAAUUUGGAGGUGGUGGGACCAGACAGUGAUGCUGCCGAGGCAAUGACGCACUGUGCUGUGUUAGAAGACAGCCACCUUGGGGCAUUGCUCACAGUGAAGCUGUCGCAUGUCAUGGCAGAUCGGCCGCGGGCCGGGUGCGUAGCGCUGUUGGAGGAAGCUCGCAAGGUGGGUGGUGAACCUCCCUUGGUAGCCGCGGCUGUACGCUUCUCUUGGUCAUCCCGUGGGCAAGAGUCGGCAAAGCGCCAGCGAACAGAUGCAUCUGCCAACGGCCUCACCAAGGUCCGAUGCCGGCACCUGCUUUUGCGCUAUGUGGGAUGUCAGGCCUUGCUAGGAGAUAGAAGAAAGAAGCCAACGCGGAGCCUGGGGGAUGCUGAGACACAGAUGCUGCGCAUCCUCCCAGAGAUUGCCAACGGCGGGCCUGGUGCUUUCACUUCAAAGUGUAAAGAAGUCUCUGAGUGCGACACUGCUAUGAAGAGCGGAGACCUGAGCCUCUGCUUUCUAUCAUCAAGUAGUCUUCAGGUUCGAGGAGUUAUAGGGGUUCUUGUAAAGGGCAUGUAG